AUGACUCGAGGCCCGCGAGGCAUCAAUGCCGCCCGACGGCUGCGCCUGAAUCAGAGGGACCAGAGAUGGGCCGACCUGAACUACAGGAAGCGCCAACUUGGAACUACAUUCAGAUCUUCGCCUUUCAGCGGUUCCUCUCAUGCCAAGGGGAUCGUGCUUGAGAAAGUUGGUGUUGAAGCAAAGCAACCCAACUCGGCGAUCCGUAAAUGUGUGAGAGUACAGCUUAUCAAGAAUGGCAAGAAAGUUACUGCCUUUGUUCCGAAUGAUGGCUGCCUUAAUUUCAUUGACGAGAACGACGAAGUUCUUCUAGCAGGCUUCGGACGCAAGGGACGGGCUAAGGGAGAUAUCCCUGGUGUUCGUUUUAAGAUUGUACAAGUCUCGGGUGUUAGCUUACUUGCUCUCUGGAAGGAAAAGAAGGAGAAGCCACGAUCUUAG